CAUGGCUUAUUUCAUGGGCGCCGCCAUUUUGUGGCAGCCAUUAAGCGGCUGCAACGAUGAACUGGUCUGUGCUAUUUGUAACGCCGCGGCAAUCUAUGACGUUGCAAACAAGUCUAGACGGUGCCCAGUCAACGCUUACGCCGCGAAAAACAACGUCUACUUACAGGUCCAACAUUACAUCUCGUUUUAGGGAUUUCUGAUGUCAUGUCUAAAACAAACAUUGCAGAGUCACUACCUGAAGGCAGUGCCAAGUGGGUUACCAAUAAUACUGGAAAGUGGCCUCAGAUAGGAUAUGAAGAUAUUAUUGACUACCUCAUUAAGUCCCACUCAUUUGAUUCCAAGGAAAUGAAAGCUUUUCGAGCAACAUAUGCAUAUAAUUAUGUGCAGAAUGGAUGGUUAGGUGAUAUUCAAAGCAUUGUGGAAAAUGAAGUUCAUUAUCUUAAAGCCUGUGUGUCACCCUCUCAGCCAGGAGCCUCUACAGUUCCUUACAAUGCAUGGAUUGCUGCAAGGAAAGAUGGUACUGUAUUAACUGCAUGUUGCACUUGCCCAGCUGGUCAUGGAAGGUCAUGUAGUCAUGUUGCAGCCAUUAUGUAUGCUGUACAUCUAGCCUGGUUACAUGGAUAUGCUGGUAAAUCUUGUACUGAUUUACCUUGUACAUGGGGACGAGGGACUGACAGCAAUAAAUUACUCAGUGAAUUAAAGGCCAUGAAUUUCAAGCAUCCAAAAAGAUCUGAUGAUCCCAGUCAAGCUGCAGAAACGUCUACAUCAUCGAAAAGCAAGCCCUACAGAUUUAAGCAGUUUGUUACCACAGAAGACUUUACUGAGCAUGUAAAUAAUUCUCCACUUUGUUCUCUUUGGAAACUGAAGGGUACACUUCUCCAUAAAACAUUUUCAGCCACUGAAAAUGUAAAUCCUAUCUGCAAGGAAACGUCAAAUGAUGAAUCAAGACAUGGAUCUCAUGAUAUUGAUUAUAGCAAGACUGUCACAAAAUUGGAAUGUUCUGUUUGCCAGGAAUUUUAUGACAAGUAUGUUAAUCUUCCUGAGUACAAAAGAGAAGAAUUAAGUAAUUUAACAUUAAACCAGGGUGCAUCAUCAAGUCCGCUAUGGAAAGACAGCAGGCGAGUAAGAAUACCAGCAUCAAAGGCCAACAGUGUACCUAAAACAAGUAGAGGCGACCCUGAGAAAUUCCUGAACAAUCACCUGUAUGAGAGAUUUAAGGGUAAUGACAACACUGCUUAUGGAGUGACCCAUGAACCCAUAGCAAGGACACAUUAUCAGGAUAUUUCUGGGAAGAAAGUAAUGUGUACAGGAACUGUUAUAUCAUCACAUGAACCAUUUCUGUCUGCUAGUCCUGAUGGAAUCAUUGAAGAUUCUGCAAUAUUAGAAAUAAAAUGUCCUACAACAUCUGUGCAUGCAAUGAUUGACUCGGGAAAAGGUGAUGUUCGAAACAUUGAGAGUGAACUAGUUCUUUACUCAAAAGGGAGAAAUGGAUAUUUCACUCAGGUGCAAAUGUGUAUGUUCUGUACAGGAAAACAUCAGUGCACCUUUCUUAUGUGGAGACCAGAAGAACAUGACAGAGUCCUGCUUGAUGUUGCAUAUGAUUCCAGCUUUGUUGACAAUACACUGUCUAGAUUAAGAGCGUUUUAUUUUAAACAUAUGCUGGUCCGGUUGGUUGAUGACUUCAAGGCAGGUCGGUUCGUGUUGAGUGAGGAAUACAAGCAGUUCUGUGUGUCACCGUAGCAUGUGUAGUGUAAAUAAAGCUGUAACAGCAUCAACACAUAAAUUACACAGCUAUGCGAAGUUUGUUGUUUUGUUAGAGCUGAGUCAAUAAAUUGCUAUCUAUCUAAUUGAUGUGAUGUAUCUACUAUGUUAUUGACUUACUGUUGAUGUUAAAAAGAAUUUGUAUAUAACCUGUAAAUGUGUACAUUUCCUUCACUCACUGACACUCAAAUGAAUAGUAAUAAAAUCAAAGUUGUGUAUUAUGAAUUGCUGAUAUUUUAUGAAGAAAAUUACAGUUCAAGUCAAAUACUAUUUCACAUGCUAGUAACUUAAAAUAAAUGUUUAACAUAUUUAGGUUGAAUAAUAAAAUACAAUGUACCAGUAUGAAAUGAA